UUCUCGGAAGGUGCCCGACGACCUGCUCUAGACGACGUCUAGUGAAACCUAGAGGAAACCAAAUGUCGGUCAGUCCGGACAUCACCAGCAGUCGAGCGCCGUCGCCAAAGACGUCACCGCCACGGUCUGGAUGGGCGACCCCUGGAAGCGUGGCAUCUCCGCCGACCCCGUCGUCCACGCCAACCCCAAAGACUCUCAUGUCUGGCUUCGUCGUCCAUGACAACUGGGCUGCCGUCCAGGAGAGCAUCUACAUCGUGUUGGGUCACGGGCCGUACCAACGCCGAGUCCUGCUGUGCAGCGUCCUGUCGGUGAUCAUGGCGCUCUUGCACGCGCUGUCGGACCGGCUCACCAGUCGGCCCGUGGACCACUGGUGCCGACCGCCGGACGCCCUAGGCGAGCUGUCUGCCGACGUGUGGAAGAACAUCUCCAUCCCCGUCGAGUCUGACGGCUCGUUCAGCAAGUGCACCGUGUACGAGACGGCCGUUGCGGACAAUCCGGCGGCCAACAGGUCGGCGGCGCCUUGCCAUGGAUGGGACUACGACAUCGCGAACCGAGGCGACAGCAUCAUCAGCAGGUUCGGCCUCGUGUGUGGCCGCCAGUACUUGCUGAACUUUCGCAUCGGCGUCUUCUUCACUAUUGCCGGCCUCGUGUCACCGCUGCUAGGGUUGGCGUCCGACCGAGUUGGCCGCAAGCCUGUCACUAUGGUCUCCGUGAUGGUUCUGCUGGCUGCAACCGUUGGCAACAGCGUCGCCGGCACUUUCGCCUUCUACGUCUCCACUAGGACGGUGGCCUUGACAACCGUCAACGUCGUUUUCAUGCUCACCUUCAUCCUGCUCUACGAGGUGACAGGAAACGACUGGCGGCUGCUGUUCACCCUCCUGGACACGGCCGUCGGGCUCACCGUCGUGCCUUCAUUCGUCGACGUUCUCAGCCUACUGGAACCACGCUGGGUGCUGGUGCACGUAGUCGUCAUUGUGCCCACGGCCAUUCUGGCGGUCUGGUGCUGCCUGCUGCGAGAGUCGCCCGCCUGGCUACUGGCCACCUGGAACCUGCAGCGUGCCCAGGAGGGUGCCCUGGAGGCAGCCAGCGUCAAUGGCCUAGACAACGCCAAGGCGGCGGCUACCUUCCGCGCAAUUCUCGUCCAAAUGGUGAAGCUCGACCGGAGCCCGCACUCGACAACUGGGCUCGUCGUGACCGAGGGCCGCGUGCAGUCCGUGAGGAUGCAUCGCCGGGCAGCGUCAGUGUUCCUGACCAGGCUGACGCUCAGUGCCGUCUACUUCCCCCUGGUGGCAACGGGACGGGCCCCCGGCUACUACUGGGCGGCAGUGCACGCUCUACUGCUGGCGGCGUCCUACGUGGCUGUCGCCUGGGCCGUGCUCAAGCGCGGACUCCGGGACACGCUGAUCGUGCUGCUGGUCGUCGUGGGCGCCUUCUCAGCCAUCCAGACGCUGCUGAUGUCCGUCGGCGUUCUCCAGCUGGCCGUUCCUGUCGUGCAUACCGCACUCAAGGUCGCGCUCUCGGGCUCCAUGAGUGUUGUCCUGUGCUACUCUGCUGAAGUGUUUCCCACCAGGAUCCGCUGUGCUGGCGUUAGUGCCUCAAUAUUCUUCGGUUCCGCCGGUUCACUCCUGGGUUUCCUAGUAUACGCCCUGAACGGCCACAAAGCAGGCGUCUACUUCCACGCGAUCGCGGCCAUCAUGACCACCCUGAGCGUCUUUGCGGUGCAAUGGCUUCCCGAGGUCCUCGUCGAGACGCAUAAAGCGAAGUGUCGGUCGGCGCCUGUGAGCGCCCAAGAGCGCAAGGAGGCCCUCAAGCAGUCGCUGGCGCUACCUGGCGACGGUGGGAAGAGGAGAAGAUGGCACAGGGGAAAGGUGAAGACGCCGCCCAAGUCGCCAGCCUAAGAGUGGUAACACUUCGAGUACGCGCGA